UUGAAUUCUGCAAAGCAAGAGUGAAGGAGCUGUGUCUGAGUUGGAAGAGCUCUCCGGAACAGCGUGUGAGCGUAGUGCAGGACGCAGGUGUUCUGAUGUAUUGCUGGGCAUUAAUUGGCAGCGUUGUGGGUCUUGGUGUGUCUGGUGGACACACAGACCUACGCGUGUCUUAGCGAAAGUGAACAGGAGUAGGAUUAAUGUGUUACUAAUUGCCAUUGGAAAGAGCUUGGAUAAUGACUUGGGGGGAGGGGUCCCACGAGUUUGAGAAAGACUACCUGGUGUUAAAUCGUAGCCCAACAAAAGUCACAGUACAGAUUGUCGCACCAUUCAAUGGCAAAAAACAAAACCCGACUGGAGGCAGUCCUUGUCAGGGAAUGGUUGAAUAAAUCGUGAUAUGGUAUGGUGCUAUUCAGAAUUAAAUUAAUACGCAUAUUUAUGUGCACCGACUUGGGGUAGCUCUAGUUCGUGCCCUGUGAAUACCAUUUUGUGUUCAGAAGAAUUUCACGUACGUUGUUGCACGUGCAUGUAUAUGAACCUUGAAACCUGGAAGGGGGCGCAUGAAACAGUGGCUUCCUUCAUGUUAGGAGUGAAGUGGAGGAGUCCUUAUUUGCCCAUCUUCAUCCUGUACUGCUUGCCUUGGUGCUGUUAGCAUUUCAUUCUUUGAAACCCAAAAGUAAAAGUAAAUAAUAGAACCAGGACCUGCACAAAAAUGUUUAUAGCAGCUUUAUUUCCAAUAGCCUCAAAUUGGAAACAACCCAGCUGUUUGCAGGUCAGAUGGUAUGUCCCUGCCGUGGAAUCCUACUCAGCGAUGUAAAGAAACCAGUUGGUGAUCUGAGUCUCAAGGGAAUUAUGCUGAGUGACAGAAGAUGUUCCAAAAGCUGGAGAUACAGAUGAUCCACCAAGAAUUACUCAAAACCCUGUUAUCAACGGGAAUGUAGCCAUGAGUGAUGGGCACAACAACACAGAGGAAGAUAUGGAGGAUGACACGAGUUGGCGCUCCGAGGCAACCUUUCAGUUCACUGUCGAGCGCUUCAGCAGACUGAGUGAGUCGGUCCUUAGCCCUCCGUGUUUUGUGCGAAAUCUGCCGUGGAAGAUUAUGGUGAUGCCACGCUUUUAUCCAGACAGACCACACCAAAAAAGCGUAGGAUUCUUUCUCCAGUGCAAUGCUGAAUCUGAUUCCACGUCGUGGUCUUGCCAUGCACAAGCUGUGCUGAAGAUAAUAAAUUACAGAGACGACGAGAAGUCCUUCAGUCGACGCAUCAGCCACUUGUUCUUCCACAAAGAGAAUGACUGGGGCUUCUCCAAUUUCAUGGCCUGGAGCGAAGUGACUGAUCCUGAGAAAGGAUUUAUAGAUGAUGACAAAGUUACUUUUGAAGUCUUUGUACAGGCGGAUGCUCCCCAUGGAGUUGCGUGGGAUUCAAAGAAGCACACGGGCUAUGUCGGUUUAAAGAAUCAGGGAGCGACUUGUUACAUGAACAGCCUGCUGCAGACUUUAUUUUUCACAAAUCAACUACGAAAGGCUGUGUACAUGAUGCCAACAGAGGGUGAUGAUUCAUCCAAAAGCGUCCCCUUAGCAUUACAAAGAGUGUUCUACGAAUUACAGCACAGCGAUAAGCCUGUAGGAACAAAAAAGCUAACGAAGUCCUUCGGGUGGGAAACUUUAGAUAGCUUCAUGCAGCACGACGUUCAGGAGCUGUGUCGAGUGCUGCUUGAUAAUGUGGAAAACAAGAUGAAGGGCACGUGUGUGGAAGGCACCAUACCUAAAUUGUUCAGAGGCAAAAUGGUGUCCUAUAUCCAGUGUAAAGAAGUAGACUAUCGAUCCGAUAGGAGAGAAGAUUAUUAUGAUAUCCAGCUAAGUAUAAAAGGAAAGAAAAACAUAUUUGAAUCAUUUGUGGAUUACGUGGCCGUGGAACAACUAGACGGCGACAAUAAAUACGACGCCGGGGAGCACGGCUUGCAGGAAGCAGAGAAAGGUGUGAAGUUCCUAACUUUGCCACCAGUGUUACAUCUACAGCUGAUGAGAUUUAUGUAUGACCCUCAGACGGACCAAAAUAUCAAGAUCAAUGAUAGGUUUGAAUUCCCAGAACAGUUACCACUCGAUGAAUUUUUGCAAAAAACAGAUCCUAAGGACCCUGCAAAUUAUAUUCUUCACGCAGUCCUGGUUCACAGUGGAGAUAAUCAUGGUGGACAUUACGUGGUUUAUCUAAACCCCAAAGGGGACGGCAAAUGGUGUAAGUUCGACGACGACGUGGUGUCCAGGUGUACGAAAGAGGAGGCCAUCGAGCACAAUUACGGGGGUCACGACGACGACCUGUCGGUGCGGCACUGCACGAACGCGUACAUGUUGGUUUACAUCAGGGAAUCAAAGCUGAGUGAGGUUUUACAAGCUGUCACCGACCACGAUAUCCCUCAGCAGUUGGUGGAACGACUGCAGGAGGAGAAGAGGAUCGAGGCUCAGAAGCGGAAGGAACGGCAGGAAGCCCAUCUCUACAUGCAAGUGCAGAUAGUUGCCGAGGACCAGUUUUGUGGCCACCAAGGCAAUGAUAUGUACGAUGAAGAAAAAGUGAAAUAUACUGUGUUCAAAGUGUUGAAAAACUCCUCACUGGCUGAAUUUGUCCAGAACCUCUCUCAGACCAUGGGGUUUCCACAAGAUCAAAUCCGAUUAUGGCCCAUGCAGGCAAGGAGCAAUGGAACCAAACGGCCAGCGAUGUUGGAUAACGAGGCAGAUGGCAACAAGACGAUGAUUGAGCUCAGUGACAAUGAAAACCCUUGGACGAUAUUCCUGGAAACCGUUGAUCCGGAGUUGGCCGCCAGCGGAGCCACGUUACCCAAGUUUGACAAAGAUCAUGAUGUCAUGCUAUUUUUGAAGAUGUAUGACCCCAAAACGCGGAGCUUGAAUUACUGUGGGCACAUCUACACACCAAUAUCCUGUAAAAUCCGUGAUUUGCUCCCGGUUAUGUGCGACAGAGCGGGAUUUACCCAGGACACUAGCCUUAUCCUCUAUGAGGAAGUUAAACCGAAUUUAACAGAGAGAAUUCAGGACUAUGACGUGUCUCUUGAUAAAGCCCUCGAUGAACUAAUGGAUGGUGACAUUAUAGUGUUCCAGAAGGAUGACCCUGAAAAUGAUAACAGCGAGUUACCCACUGCAAAAGAAUAUUUCAGAGACCUCUACCACCGUGUUGAUGUCAUUUUCUGUGAUAAAACAAUCCCUAAUGAUCCUGGAUUUGUGGUUACAUUAUCAAACCGAAUGAAUUAUUUUCAGGUUGCAAAGACAGUGGCACAGAGGCUCAACACCGACCCCAUGCUGCUCCAGUUUUUCAAGUCUCAAGGUUAUAGGGACGGCCCAGGUAAUCCUCUUAGACAUAAUUAUGAAGGGACUUUAAGAGAUCUCCUACAGUUCUUCAAGCCUAGACAACCUAAGAAACUUUACUAUCAGCAGCUGAAGAUGAAAAUCACAGACUUCGAAAACAGACGAAGUUUUAAGUGUAUAUGGUUAAACAGCCAGUUUAGGGAAGAGGAAAUAACACUAUAUCCCGACAAGCACGGGUGUGUCCGGGACCUGCUGGAAGAAUGUAAAAAGGCUGUCGAGCUCGGGGAGAAAGCGUCAGGGAAACUUAGGCUGCUAGAAAUCGUAAGCUACAAGAUUAUCGGCGUGCACCAAGAAGAUGAGCUGUUGGAAUGCUUGUCUCCGGCAACGAGUAGAACGUUUCGAAUAGAGGAAAUCCCUCUGGACCAGGUAGACAUAGACAAGGAGAGCGAGAUGCUCGUCACCGUGGCGCACUUCCACAAGGAGGUGUUCGGGACGUUCGGGAUUCCGUUUCUGCUGAGGAUCCACCAGGGCGAGCAUUUCAGAGAAGUCAUGAAGCGGAUUCAGAGCCUGCUGGACAUCCAGGAAAAGGAGUUCGAAAAGUUCAAAUUUGCCAUUGUGAUGAUGGGCCGACACCAGUACAUCAACGAGGACGAGUAUGAAGUGAACCUGAAAGACUUUGAGCCCCAGCCUGGUAACAUGUCUCACCCUCGGCCUUGGCUAGGGCUUGACCACUUCAACAAAGCCCCAAAGAGGAGUCGCUACACCUACCUGGAAAAGGCCAUUAAAAUCCAUAACUGACUUCCUCACCCAGUGCGUGCGAGGCGAGGGGCCGUGCGUGGGUGUGUGCCCCUUUUUAACAGCCUAGAACUUUGGUACACGCGCACCAUCUGAAGUCUUCAGCAAGAGGAUUUGCUGCUGAUGUUAAUUUUAUUUUGUUGAGGCUGUUCCGUUUGGCUUCUCUGUAUCUAUUGACUGCCCUUUUUGAGCAAAAUGAAGGUGUUUUUAUAAAGCUUGGAUGCCAAUGAGAGUUAUUUUAUGGUAACCACAGCGCAAGGCAACCGUCAGCGUUAACGGGGGAGAAGAGGUGAGGGCCACGCGGCUCCGGCUCGAGGCCUCUGGGCUGUGUCCAGUCGGCAGAGGCCUGCCCGGCUGCCUUCCUGGGGUCGCGGGCGCCAGCCCCGCAGCUGGUCUUACGUUGAGGCUCAUCUGACGUUUUCCCCUCAGUUCUACUUUCCAACCUUUUGUGUGCAUCUGUAAAGGCAAAACCGAGAAACUCACAACCUAAUAAAUAGAGCUCUUUCCUUCA